UGUAUCUAUGUUUUUGGAAAUAUUGUGUAUACCUGUGUAGAAACGGUGGUGUGUUGGUUCCUUGUGAACAUCUGCCGGCUUGUGAAAUGACCUUCCCUUGCAGGCAUUGUAUGCAUAAGCGAAGCAGUAAAGCCAUAUUAACACGGAAACGACGUGCAACAGCACGAAAAGCGCGGGGUUAUUGUAUUUUGAAAAUCAAGAAUAAUUAAAAAGUGAUUACAAAUUAUAAAUAAAAUCAAAUACAUGCAAAUGUUGCUGCAAAUAUUUGUGAAACUGUGCAUAAUUGUUGUUUGUUUGCAACAUGACGCCAAAUGUGCCCCCGAUCGUGAUGCCAGUGAGGAAAACAUCGAGGCUGCAACAACAAAUGGAGUGCGGCAUGAAAAGUGGACGAGAUUAGAAAUGAUGGAUAGCAAUGGCUUAUACUGGUUGCAAUGGUGGCUUCAGGACAAAGAUAUUCAUUUUAAAGUCACCGUAAAUACGCGUGGUUUUAUUGGCCUGGGAUUCUCGCGCCGCGACGGACGCAUGUCCAGUGCAGACAUGGUGCUCCUGUGGGUUGACGAUCACUCGGGCAAAGCGAAUGCUUUGGAUGGUCAUGGUUCUACACAUCAUCCUCACGCGGCGCCUCUGCAAGACGAUACACAAAACUAUCACGUCAUCGACGGGUAUCAGAAUGCCACCCAUACUUAUGUUCACUUCAAACGCUUAAUUGAGACCUGUGAUCCCUACGAUAUGCCAUUGAGCAAUGAUACUAUUAAAGUGCUGUGGUCCUUUGGCAGCACUGAUCCCAUUCAUGGGAAUUUAGAGGGACAUGGCCAGAAUCGUGGUGCUCGCUCGCUUCAUCUGCUGAAUCCCGUGUUUCGCAAGCAGCGACAUGAGACACAUCAAUGGGACAUUACUGUGAAUAAUGUGACGAUUGAGUCCAGCAUGGAUACGCUUUACUGGUGCAAGAUCAUGAGCUUGCCCCGCUUAACAACUAAGCACCAUAUUGUAGGCUACGAGCCUUUGAUAACUCGCACAUCCAAAACCCAUGAAAGUCUCGUGCAUCAUAUGACGCUCUUUGAAUGCUCGACCAAAUCGUAUCCCGGCUCAGACUCGGCCUCAUGGGAUGUGUGGGUUAAGAGCAGUGGCACCGUUUGCAAUAGCAACUCGUUGACGCCACGCGAUUGGGAUUCAUGCUCCACACCAGUUGCUGUGUGGUCAAUUGGUGCAUCUGGACAAUUUCUGCCUGAACAUGUUGGCAUACCAAUGGGUGGACCAUCGGGAGUCAAGUAUUAUAUGCUCGAAAUACACUACGACAAUCCAAAUGCCUUGCACACUGUGGAUCAUUCCGGCUUCCGCGUUCAUUACUCUCCUAAACUGCGUGCUAAUGAUGGAGGCAUCAUCAUCAGUGGCGUUUCCAUUUCCGACACUCAAAUCAUUCCGCCUGGACAAAAGUUGUAUCGCAAUGUUGGCAUCUGUGGACCAUCCUGCUCAAAUGUGAUGUUUCCCAAGGACGGCAUUAAGAUCAUUUCGAGCACGCUUCAUUCGCAUCGCGCUGGUCGCAAAAUGAGCCUCCGCCAUGUACGAGAUGGCAAGGAAUUGAAUCGCAUCAUUGAGGAUGACAACUAUGACUAUAAAUAUCAGCAAUAUCAUCAGCUGGCCAAUGAAACAGUUGUUCUGCCUGGUGAUUACAUUAUCACAGACUGCGCCUAUGAAACUGUGCAUCGCAAGCGCGCCACCUUUGGUGGUUAUUCCACGAAACAGGAAAUGUGCCUGUCGUUUAUCACAUACUACCCAAAGAUUGAAUUGGCUGGUUGUUAUAGCAUGACACCUGUUCGGGAAUUCUUCGAGAUGUUUGGCGUAUAUCAGUUCUAUUCGUUGAACAUGACAGAUGUGGAAAAUCUUUUUCUCUACAAUGGCAAUCUGUUGGACUACAUACCGAAUACCAUUUAUGGCAAAACUAAAGAUAGAAAUGCCAAUUUAACUGCUGAAGAACUCGCAAUGGAAGAGUCUUUAUUAAAUAAACUACUCAUUUCGGAUCCCGUUGAGUUCCACGAUCGCACCUUUCUAUCGCACAUAAACCAGCUGCCUUGGUCAGAACCAUUAUUCACUAAGCGUGUCGAACAGGCCAUGAUAACUGGUAAACACAUGACUUUCUGUCGUGUCUCCAAUGAGUCAAUGUCAAUUCCCUCAGAAAUCAUACGCUAUCCAAAUUUUACGAAAUUUGUGAAACCGCCCAGCAGAUGUACCUACAAUCUUUUCAUCGAUACCAUGCAAUUGUCUUCAGCAGGUUCAACAAUUGAAGCUCCCUUGACAUUAACAUUAUGUUUACUACUUGUUACUUGUCUCAAGAAACAAUUUCAAAUAUCCUGGGUAUCGUUGAAUUAUUGAGGAUUUAAAUCUAAGACAAGUCUGCAGCAGCAAAGUUUAAUUUUAAUUUUUACUCCAAAGAUGUAGUUUUUUACAAUAAUAUUUUUGUAAUAAUUUAAUGUUUAAAUAAAUAAAUCAC